AUGACGAUGAUGAUGAGAAAGGCUCAGGAUGAAAAUCCAUCGUUGGGCACUACACUCAGCGACGGCGGGGCAGCAGCAACGGCGGAAGCCGCAACAGCGGCGGUAGCAGCAGCUCAAACCAGAGGAGUCGGUGGAGAAACGCUCCUGCUUGCAACAGCGAGUCAUGGGGAGCAACCUCUUCUGAUUACAGCAGCGACGGCGGGGCAGCAGCGUCGCGGCUGCCGCCACGGGGGCAGCCGCAACGGCGGCGGUAGCAGCAGCUCAAACCAGAGGAGUUGGGUUUUUAGAGGUUCUCAGGCUCUCAUGGCAGCUGCGAAGGCGGCAAAAGCAUCUGCCGCAACCUCCUCCGGCGUCGCUGCUACUAAGCCUCAAGGACCUAACCGUACCAGUGGUAUCUUCAAGGUCACUCCCGUGUCCCCUGCCGUGCGCCAGUUCCUCGGCUUAUCUGAGGCCUCUCGUACCGAUGCCGUCAAGAAAAUCUGGGACUACAUCAAACUCAACAGCCUUUAG